AGUUUUUUCCACAUGUGAGGAUUUAGUUGACAUUAUUCUCGAUUCUAGAAAUACGAUUUUCUCGUGCAACAGAUGAAUUAGUUGUUAGUUGUCGGCGAUUAUCACGCUUUUAUCCGCUAUUGCCUGUUUGAGCAGUUUAUUUUCUUCUUUAAGGGCACACCAAAACGUAAAUUUCAGGCCUAGGCAUACAAAUAACUACUGUACACUUCAAGGGUCCACCAACCCCACAGCAUCAGAUGGCACCCCCUCGUCAACAGCAAAUGGCACCCCCACCUCAACAGCACGUAGCUUCCACCCCACAACAACAAGGUCCUUGGGGAGCUCGGGGGGCUCAACCCCAGCAGCAAAUGGUACCCCCGCCUCAACAGCAAGUGCCUCCCACCCCACAACAACAAAUGGGAUACCAUCCACAACAGCAAAUGGGAUACCCACCACAACAGCAAAUGGGAUACCAUCCACAACAGCAAAUGGGAUACCCACCACAACAGCAAAUGGGAUACCCGCCACAACAACAAAUGGGAUACUCGCCACAACAUCAACAGAGGGGACCUACUCCACAGCAACAGAGAGGACCUUCUCCACAGCAACAGAGGGGGCCUGCUCCCCAUCAACAGAGGGGGCCUGCUCCACAGCAACAGAGGGGGCCUGCUCCCCAGCAACAGAGGGGGCCUGCUCCACAGCAACAGAGGGGGCCUGCUCCCCAGCAACAAAGAGGACCUUAUCCACAGCAACAAGGGGGACCUGCCUUACAACAACAAUUUGGUCCUGCUCCCCAACAACAAAGGGAUCCCCAACAAGUUCCUGGGCCUGUAUCAUAUGGUGCUGAAGCUCAGGCUGUGGUGCAACAGCCUCAAAGGGGCCCCCAAAAGCCUGAGGGAUCUCGCCCAGGAAGCUCUGGGGACCAGCAAGAGAAGAAACAGCCCCAAAGGGGUACACCAAAGAAAGAUCCCUUGCCGACCAAGCAACUAGCAAAAGUCCAAAUUUCCGAGAGCUCCGACACCCUGAAAUACAGAGAUGUGGUACCGGGCACUGAGGGGCGCCGCAUCAAAAUCGAAACGAACCACUUGGGCUUGUCCUUGGGCAACAUCGAGAUAGCCUACCACUACGACGUCAACCUCGUACCGGACACUCCGAAGAAGUACUUGCGGCAGGUGAUGGAGCUGUUCCGCCAGCAGAAGUUCCCGAAGAGAUAUCCGGCCUUCGACGGCAGGAAGAACUUGUAUAGUUCAUCGCCGUUGCCGAUAGAUGGGACUAUGUCGGCGACGAUCGUGUAUAGGGAGCUAGACGGUAGGGACAAGGAGUACAAAGUGGAAGUCAAGUUCGCCAACGAGGUGGACAUGAGAGGGUUGAGAGGCAAAGGCCAGCGUGGAGAGACCCCUCGAGAAGCCCUGCAGGUGGUGGACAUAGUGCUGCGCAGCGCUCCAGCGCUGUCUCUGACCGCCGUCGGCCGCAGUUUCUUCCACAGGCCGGAGCAGAUCAUCGAGCUGGGCGAAGGGAUGGAGAUGUACAAUGGAUUCUACCAGUCGGCCAUCAGAGGUUGGAAACCAUUCCUAAAUGUCGACGUAGCCCACAAGGCGUUCCCCAAGAGUAUGAACGUUAUGGAUGCCUUAGUCGAUCUGUUCGCAUCAGACUAUCGCCCGGUUUCUAGGGAAGACUUAGCCAGAGGACUGGAAAGAUUCCAGCUCGAAAAAUUCGAGAAGUUCAUAAAGACGCUGAAAGUCACCUACGAGAUCCCCAACGCAGGAGCAACCAGAAGGUCGUACAGAGUGAAUGGGGUGGGAGAGCCGGCAGCCGUCAAAAAAUUCCGACCGAAUGACGGACCAGAAGUUACAAUCGAAAAAUACUUCGCCGACAAAUAUAGAGUCAGGCUCAGGUACCCCAAAUUACCAACUCUUUGGGUAGGAAACAAAGAACGCAGAGAUAAAAUGCUCUUGCCUUUGGAGUUCUGUACUAUAGAGGAGAACCAAGCGGUCAAUAGGAAAAUGACCGAAAACCAGACAAGAGAAAUGAUAAGACACACCGCUACCAAUACGACUGUUCGCAAAGAUAAAAUAAUGAGGGCUUUGGGUCAGGCGAGGUAUAACGACAAUGCGACCGUCAGAGAAUUCGGCUUUUCCGUCGCCAGCGAGUUCGAGAAACUCGAAGCCAGAGUUCUGAAACCGCCAGAUUUGGGCUACGGAGGAAACAGGAAGGUCUCCGUGGCCAAAGGGAUUUGGAGAGGCGACCGUUUCGUCUCCGGGGCAGUGAUAAACAAGUGGACGGUCGUGUGUGCUGACAGGGCGCCUAGAGGAGACGAGUUGGGCAACUUCGCGAACAUGGUUGUUAGACAUGCCAGGGAUUGUGGAAUGACAUUCACAACUGAUGCUGAAAAACCAUUGCAGAUAAUUGGCAACAGACAAAAUGACAUCAAGUCCUUUUUUCAAAGAAGCAAAGGCAAGUACGACGUUAUAUUUGUCGUGGUACCUAACAGCGGUCCCACAUACUCUCAUGUCAAGAGCGCCGCCGAAAUCAACACCGGCUGUCUCACACAGUGCUUAAAAAUGAUCACUCUGAGUCGCAAAAUGAACCAGCAGACCGUCAUGAACAUCCUGCUGAAAGUGAACGCGAAGCUCAACGGCCUCAAUCACGUGCUGCUCACCCGGCCGCCCAUCCUGAACAGGCCGUGCAUGAUCAUGGGGGCGGACGUCACCCAUCCGAGCCCCGAUUCGCAGAAUAUACCGAGUGUUGCCGCGGUGACGGCCAGCCACGAGCCGAAGGCGUUCAAGUACAAUAUUUGCUGGCGGCUGCAGCCGCCCAGGGUGGAGAUUAUUGAGGAUUUGCAGGCCAUCGUCGAGGAGCAGCUCAUGUUCUUCUACAAAUCGAACAAUCAAAGGAAACCCGAGAGAAUUGUGUUCUUCAGAGAUGGGGUCUCAGAGGGGCAAUUCGAGCAAGUGAUCCAUUCCGAGAUCAGAGCGAUCAGAGCCGCAUGCAAAAAAAUCCAGGCCGACGGUUACGAGCCGGCUAUAACGUUCCUUGUUGUGCAGAAGAGACAUCACACGAGACUGUUUCCCCUGAAUCGUGGAGAUUCGGAGGACAAGAAUAUGAAUGUACCAGCAGGUACGUGCGUGGACAAGGACAUAACCCACCCGUUCCUGCAAGACUUCUAUUUGGUGUCGCACGCCAGCAUCCAAGGCGUGGCCAAGCCGACCAAAUACUGCACUCUGUGGGACGACAACAAUAUGUCCAACGACGAUGUGGAGGCGUUGGCCUACCACUUGUGUCACAUGUUCACGCGAUGCAACCGAUCGGUGAGCUACCCCGCGCCCACCUACUAUGCGCAUUUGGCCGCUGCCAGAGCGAAGGUCUACAUCGAGAACGAGAAUCUGGAUAUGAAUAAUUUGAACAGGGAGCGCCAGCGGUUCCUCAUACAGGACGUGAUUCGCAAGGAUCUGCCCAUGUUUUUCGUGUAAAUGAUCGAGGCACGUUUUUUACUAUUGACCGAGGGGUAAACCACGGUGGAAUUCUGGUGUACUAGGUGGGCAAAAUUGGGCGUUUUCACAGGCUAUCUCAAUAAAUAAAGGAGUCAUCGAAAAACCGAUAUAAAUGUUACGGGUUCGAUUUUAGGGAUACCCAAAAUGGCACAUUCGGAAUUUUGAUAUCUUCAUUCGUUUCAGAGAUACAGGGGGAAAUUGAAAAAUUGCCCCGUAAAUUUUGGCACAGUUAGAUAGUCCCAGGCGUUCCAAUUUCAAAUAUAUAUACAUCUCUACCUUUUUCUCUCACAAUUUCAGAAAUAUUCGCAAAAAUAUUUUCACUGUGUCAUGGUUACACCUCCGUAUUUUCCGCAAUAAUCAUUGAGGUUGGAUUCAUAAAUUCGCAACUGUGAGAGAGAUGCCAAUGAAUAUAUUUUUGUGAAUAUUUCUGAAGUUGUGAAAGAAAAAGGUAGACUUAUAUGCAUACUUGAAGUUGAAACGCCUGGGACUAUCUAACUGUGCCAAAAUAUACGGAGUGUUCCAUGAGAAAAAAUAUAAUUGGAUGCCGUAUCUUUUCAAUGUCACCCUACAUAAAAUUUCUAAUGGUGCCAAUGAAUUAUUCGCGUCAUAGUAUAUAAAUAAACUUUCGCAAAUUCUCAAUAUUCCUCACCAUGAAGAACUCCUAAAAUAAAAACGAAAUCGACUAUUUUUCAAUUUCCCCCUGUAUCUCUGAAACGAAUGAAAAUAUCAAAAUUCCGAAUGCGCCAUUAUAGGUUUCUUCAAAAUCGAACCCGUAACAUGUUUAUCGGUUUUUUGAUAACUCCUUUAGUUAUUGAGAUAGCCCGUGAAAACGCCGAAUUUUGCCCACCCUGUACAAACAACUGGAAUUCCUUGGAAUUCUUUAGAAUUCCUUGGGUGAAAUGCGGAUUAUUCCUAGUCCACAAACAACUGGAAUUCCUUGGAAUUCCUUGGAUUUCCUUUGAAUUCCUUGGAUUUUCUUGUAAUUCCUUGGAUUUCCUUGGAAUUUCUUGAAUUUCCUUGAAAUUCCUUGGAUUUCCUUGGAACUCCCUGGAAUUCCUUGGAGUUUCUUGGAAUUUCUUUGGAGUUUCUUGGAAUUCCUUGUGUGAAGUAAGGUAUAAUUCUGGUGUACAAACAACUGGAAUUCCUUAUGAAAUUGAAGUUUAAUUUUGAUCGCGGUAUACCCCUUGCUAUUGACUAAUUUUGUUUGUUUACUAAUUCAUGGAUCAUUUAUCCUUCAACUUGAUCUUCUGAACUUUUUAUGUUCCCAUAGGCAUUGAAAACUGCUUUUACGCUUUUGACAUUAUCAUUUAAGAAUUUUUAGACCAAUCAGAAUGGCAGUUGACUCGAAAAAUAUCCUUUUAGCAGAUGAAGGGAACUGUCCACAUCAUAACGUGGCUCUUAAUAAAUGAAAAAAAACCUCACAAACGAUAAG